CCCAGCCUUGAACUCUGUCGCCCUGUACCCUGUGGACCCAAUGGAGGGCAGUGCGGUUGUUUGCGAACUAGUGAGCCGUGUAGUAGUUUUUAUCCGAUUCUCUAGCAGAUGGACUUUUGGAUCACCAGCCUAGUUCAGCUCCCGUGAUCUGAAAACAGAAUUGUUGCAACAGGCUCCUGGAACUCCUAAACAACUCCUCUUGGUGUUCUGUUUUCCUACUGUGAUUGCAUCAUGGAAAAUCAAUUGGCUAAGUCAACUGAGGAACGAACAUUUCAGUACCAGGAUUCUCUUCCAUCACUGCCUGUUCCUUCACUUGAAGAAUCAUUAAAAAAAUACCUUGAGUCAGUAAAGCCAUUUGCAAAUGAAGAAGAAUAUAAGAAAACUGAAGAAAUUGUCAAAAAAUUUCAAAAUGGUAUUGGAGAAAAAUUGCACCAGAAAUUACUUGAAAGGGCAAAAGAAAAGAGAAAUUGGCUGGAAGAGUGGUGGCUGAAUGUUGCCUACCUGGAUGUCCGUAUACCAUCACAACUGAAUGUCAACUUUGGGGGUCCGGCACCCCAUAUGGAACACUACUGGCCUCCAAAGGAAGGCACGCAAUUGGAAAGAGGAAGCAUAAGUCUUUGGCAUAACUUGAACUACUGGCAACUGUUAAGAAAAGAAAAAUUGCCUGUUGAUAAAGUUGGAAAUACUCCUCUAGAUAUGAAUCAAUUCCGAAUGCUAUUUUCUACCUGUAAGAUUCCAGGAAUUUCUAGAGAUUCAAUUAUGAAUUAUUUUAGGACUGAGAGCGAAGGGUAUUCCCCAACUCACAUUGUAGUGCUGUGCCGAGGCCGCGUUUUUGUCUUUGAUGCAAUCCAUGAAGGAUGUUUGAUCACCCCGCCAGAGAUUCUCAGGCAACUGACAUACAUCCACAGGAAGUGCCAUAGCGAACCUGAUGGACCUGGGGUGGCAGCAUUAACUAGCGAGGAGCGAACUCGAUGGGCAAAGGCACGAGACUAUUUGAUUAAUCUUGAUCCAGAGAACUUGACUAGGUUGGAAAAAAUUCAGAGCAGUUUGCUGGUGUAUUCCUUAGAGGAUGACAGUCCACAUGUAACACCAGAAGAUUAUUCACAGGUAAUUGCAAUGGUCCUCACUGGAGAUCCAACAGUACGCUGGGGUGACAAAUCCUAUAACUUGAUUUCCUUUUCUAAUGGAGUAUUAGGCUGUAAUUGUGAUCAUGCUCCUUAUGAUGCAAUGGUUAUGGUAAGCAUCAGCUAUUAUGUUGAUGAGAAGAUUUUGGAGAAUGAAGGAAGAUGGAAGGGUUCAGAAAAAGCACGGGAUAUGCCACUUCCAGAGGAGCUUGUUUUCACUGUGGAUGAGAAAGUAUUAAGUGACAUCAGUCAAGCUAAAGCCCAGUAUCUCAAGCAGGCAUCUGAUCUGCAGGUUGUGGCGUAUUCCUUUACACAUUUUGGCAAAAAGCUAACCAAGAAGAAGAUGCUUCACCCUGAUACAUUUAUUCAGCUUGCACUUCAGCUGGCCUAUUAUAGACUUCAUGGACGCCCUGGUUGCUGCUAUGAAACAGCCAUGACAAGAUUUUUUUAUCAUGGCCGAACGGAGACGGUGCGAUCGUGUACAGUGGAAGCCGUCAGGUGGUGCCAAUCCAUGCAGGAUCCUGCGGCCAGUGCUCUUGAGAGGAAGCAGAUGAUGUUACAAGCUUUUGCAAAACAUAAUAAAAUGAUGAAAGACUGUUCAACUGGAAAAGGAUUUGACCGUCAUCUUUUAGGUCUUUCACUCAUAGCAAGAGAGGAAGGUCUCCCUGUCCCAGAGCUCUUUACCGACCCACUCUUCUCCAGAAGUGGAGGAGGUGGAAACUUUGUUCUCUCGACAAGCCUGGUUGGUUACCUAAGGGUCCAGGGAGUGGUGGUGCCCAUGGUACACAGCGGCUACGGGGUGUUCUACCACAUCAGAGACGACAGGUUUGUGGUGGCCUGCUCAGCCUGGAAAUCCUGUGCGGAGACUGACGCAGAGAAGCUGGUUCAGCUGAUUUUCCAUGCUUUCCAGGAUAUGAUGCAGCUGAUGAACUCCGCUCAUCUCUAGAGACUCACUAUGCACUAAGCACUUACCAGUUAGACCAUGUAAACUGGGUGCUGGGGGUGGGUUGCUGAGGGGAGGUAAGGAGGAGGGUCAACUUGAAGGAAAUGUAGAAAUUAAUAGAGUCAUGCUCUCUAAACCUAUACUGGCAUACGAAGUAGAAAUAUUUUUAAGCUUCCUCUGAUGCAGCAGCAAUGCAAAUUUUAAUAUAGUGAUUAUAGAACUGUGCAAAGUUUAAGCCUCAACAAUGCAAUUCUACAAAAUUUAACAAUGCAACUCUAAUUUUAACUUUUAAAUAUUUUUAUUGAUACCUGUAAAGGUUAUAAAUUCCUUCUCUGAACAUCAUGGUAGAGCAGUGAUUUUCAACUUUUUUCAUCUGAUGGCACAUCAAAAAAUGUAUUUUUGGCCAGUAUGACCAAAAAAUAGGUAUAAUUUUGAUUCAUUCACCUUGGACAGCUAUUCUGUUUGCUGUUGUCACUUUUUUUUUUGACAGUCUAAGGGAAAAGAGGUCAGUGUCCCUGACUAGUCAGUUAUUAAAAAUGCCACGGCACACUGGUUGGAAAUCACUAUUAUAGAGUCUAUCUUUCAGGCACUUUAACAUUUUCUAAUUGCCAAAGGGUAUGAGAUACCUGGUUGGAUGCUAAUUUCCCUGAAAUCAGUGUCUUUCACAUUCACCACAGGGAUACAAGCUUGCUAUAUUUGGGAAAGACCACUACAAGUUUGCCGGGAGCCAGUCCAUCCUUGCUAUUUCAAGGGACUUGGCAUAUAUGGCAUACUCUUCUUAAUAUGUUUGCUCACCUUCUUGGCACUAUGUGUUUUAACCAAGGUCACCUCUCUGAGAAAGGU